GUAAAAUGUAAUGGCCUCUAAUAACAAAGCAAACAAGGGCUGCCAGCAAGGCUUUAUAAAGGGUCAACUGUCGAGCGAUGGGGUCAAAGUCAGAAAAAGCAGCCAUGGGGAGUCGUUUCUACAUGCGGAACUUUAUCCUCUUUGGUCUCUUGGCCAGCAGUUAUCUGCAGAUUCCAGUCGGAGAAAUGGAGGCCAAUCUGGACAGAGAAAUCAGUGUCUUGUUUAAAAUACUUCAAAAAUUGCAGACAAUAUAUGGACUCGACCGAGCUAUUACAUUUACGGGAAACGUCGAGCUAAGGCCUUCGCUUGAGCAGCGUGCCAUGGACACCAUUUCUCUACCGCUCUAUAGUGUUCGAUUCGAACUUGGAGUGCUUAAUCAACGCUACCCGAGUGAUAAUUAUGUGGUAAUUGUUAUUUUCACUGGCCUGGAUGAUCCCUCACUGGCCGCCGUCAAGGACAAGGCGCUUCAAAAUACCGAGGUGUUCUUCGUCUUUCUCUACACUUCACCGCGGAAUGAGAAACUGACGAUAAUUACAACAGUGCUCAUUGUUCGCAACAACACCAAUAUCGAACAGUGGUCGUAUUUCUAUUUGAGAAACAUAAACAUAGUUAGGCUCGAUGUGGGUGAACCGUUUUUGUCCGUCAUGCGAAAGAAUAGCUACAAGUUUUCCGUUCAAGUAGUGAAUGAUCCACCAUCUGUGUUUUGGUACAACUCAUCGGAUCAAGCGGCUGUGACUGGCGGUGGAAAUAUUAGUUUGUCCGGCUGCAUUGGCCUGAUGAUCGUGGAGUUCAUACGCUACCUAAAUGCCACUUUUUACAUUCUUCCGGUUUCGGGACAGCAAACCUCUCAAUACGAGGUCAUUCAGCUGCCAGGCAACCAAAGCGUCGAUGUGGUGGCCAAUAUGGUGGACAACGACAGCCUUAAAUCGUUUAGCCCCAUGGUGACGGACUCCCAGAUUUGCGUGGUAGUCCCGAAUCAUCGGCUGUUGGCCCCGUACAGAUAUAUUGACAAGAAUGUUAACAUCCGUACAUACCCAAUCAUUUCUCUUUCAAUUCUGGGUGUGUUCUUUAUCAAGUAUUUCGCCCACCGCAGAAGAUCGCUUCUGGACCCGAUCUUCAGCAGCUUUCGUUUUCAUCUAGCUAUUCCGCUGCCCGGUGGUCAAUUAGAUCGAUUGCCCUUGGCGGAUAAGUUAGUGGAAGUAUUCUCAUUUUUUUUCCUCGGACUCUUGGUGGGUGCAACUGUAUCAGUGAUGUCUACCGCUUUUACAACGGGUAUGUGGGAGCCUCAGAUCACGAACGUUGAAACGAUGCGAGCUAGUGGUCUGAAGAUUCUGACGGCCGAUCCAACAAUCCUGCAGGUUUUUAAGGACAACAUUUUGCCCAGUUCGUUGGCAGAUCUUGUAACUGUUGUGGAUAUGCGGACAAAGUUUCGCUACAUGACCGGCUUAAAUCACAACUUCGCCUAUGUGGUGAAAACGCACAACUGGAAAGCAUUACGGCUAUACCAGCAGCAUAUAAAGACAGAACCCUUUCAGAUCGCUGGGAAAGAACUCUGCUCCAGGGUCCGUGCCAUACGAAUACCCAUUUCUCCAAAGUCGCCGCUAAGGUUCUUGUACUUAUCAUAUUUCAGUACCGUUUUUGAGUCUGGUCUCCUUCAGAAAUGGGAUCAGAUGGGCUUCAAAAAGUACCGUGAACUUAACAGCUUAUUUAAGCUGCCCUCGGAUGUGAAAAAUCAUUUUAGACCGCUUUCGGUAGAUUAUUUUUUGGUUUUCAUAUGGCUUUACAUGGGCGGAAUGUUUGUCAGCACAUUGGUAUUUGCUAUCGAACUACUGAUCAACAAAUAUCGUCAUAAGUAA